AUGCUGAUUGAAAGGAAUGCUCUUCUUGGGUUCAAAGCAGGCCUCAAAGGUCCCACCAACAGGCUAUCUUCUUGGGUCGGUGACGACUGCUGCACAUGGGAAGGCGUCGCUUGUGACAACCGGACUGGCCACGUUGUCAAGCUAGACCUCCAAAACCCACACCAAUUCUCAGACACUGGCGAUCUGCUUCUUUACAACAAGUGGUCCUUGGGAGGUGAGUUGAGGCCUUCCUUACUUGGUCUGAAGCACCUGAAUUACCUUGACUUGAGCAUGAACAACUUUGGAGGACUUCGCAUCCCCGAAUUCGUGGGCUCAUUCCGUCAGCUCAAAUAUCUUAACCUCUCCAAUGCUGGUUUGGGUGGACUGAUCCCACCCCAGCUUGGGAAUCUAUCGAGCCUCCAAUAUCUUGAUCUCUACAAUGAACCCUACUCUAUGGUUCGUGAAUUCAGCAUUGAUAAUGCUAUCUGGAUUUCUCAUCUUUCUUCUCUACGAUAUCUGAAUAUGACGGAUGCGAAAUUCAGAGAAGGUGCUCACUGGCUGCAAGCACUAAACAUGCUCCCUUCUAUUGUUGAGGUACGCUUAUACUUGUGUGGCAUCAGCACCAUUCCGCUCUCUCUUCCACAUGUGAAUUUUACUUCACUUUCUGUUCUUGAUCUUCGUCAUAAUGUCAUUAAUUCGACGAUGCCUGGUUGGUUGUUCAACAUAAGUAGCCUUGAGUACCUUGAUCUCCGCUACAAUGAUAUUUGGGGCAUCAUUCCGCCUGCAAUUAAGAAUCUAGCUUCGCUGGAGUUUCUUGCUUUAUCCAGUAAUCAUUUUCUCGAAGGUAAAAUCCCGGCUGCACUUGGGGGUCUUUGCAAGCUGCAGUAUUUGGGAUUUUCAUAG